AUGCCUGGUUUGCACACUUUUUACGAUGGCUCAACGUUAUUGCAACCAAUUGCACAAAGUUUGGAAAUUGGAAUUAAUUUGGUAGCAUGUCAGUUAAUAUCGUUGUUGUUGGCAUAUAUACACUACAGCAUAUUUAGUGCAUCAAGCGUUUCGCGAACAACACGUACUGCUUUUCCUCUUAUUUUUGGCUUGGUUUUUUGCUACUUUUGUUAUGGCAAUGCCAUGAAACAUUUAGUGUCAUUAGUUGGUGUAUCCUAUGUUAUCAUGCAUCUUUCACCUUCAAAAGUUGUACAUAAAUGUGUUUUCUUAUUUUCAAUGUGCUACCUCGUUUUUAUACACUGGUAUCGAUGGUAUAUACUAACAGAUUAUUAUAUCGAUAUGACAGGCCCGAUGAUGAUACUUGUUCAAAAAGUAACAGUACUUGCGUUCUCAUUACAUGAUGGAAAGGUAAAAAAAAGUGAGGAUUUAAAUGAGGUACAGAUGAAGGAAGCGAUCAAAUCAGUACCUGACAUUCUUAGUUUCCUGAGUUAUAUGUUUCAUUUCCAAGCAGUGUUAACCGGACCAGCUUGCUUUUAUACAGAUUAUAUGGCAUGGAUUGAUGGAACAGCUGCUAUUGGUAAAGAAGGACUGAUUGAAAAACCAUGGCGUGCUGUGUCAAUAAAAUUGUCACAAACGACAUUAUUCAUUUUAUUAUAUGUGUAUCUUGGUAAUUGUCUUCCACCCGAUAUUAUUAUGGACAAGAAAUAUGUGGAUUUAAAUUUGUUAUUAUGGCUCUUUUUAUUAUACAUUGUGAUGGCGUUUCAACGGAUCCCCUAUUAUUUAGCAUGGAUUUUAGCUGAUGCGAUAUGUAAUUUGAGUGGGUUUGGAUUUAGAGGUUAUGAUGCAAAUGGUCAUCCUCAGUGGGAUUUGAUUUCCAAUGUUAAACCAUGGAAAUUCGAGACAGCAUUAAAUUUCAAAGAGUCUUUGGAAGCAUGGAAUUGUUGUACAAUGUAUUGGCUUCGGCGUGUUGCGUAUGAUCGGGUCCCAGAAAAAUACAGAACUGUGUGUACUUAUUUGUUAUCUGCUAUUUGGCACGGUUUUUUUUUGGGCUACUACGUUACGUUUUUAACUGGCGCAUUGUUCACUGUUUCCGCAAGAACGAUACGUCGUUGCUUACGUUGGCGUUUCCAAGGAAAUCAGUGCCAGUGCCGUUUUUAUGAUGUCCUCACGUUUGUCGUGACAAGGAUUACUUUAUCUUAUACAACAUAUCCAUUUGUCAUGCUACAUCUUGAACCUGGAUUACGUUUAUAUCGGCAUGUUUACUUCUGUCCUCACAUCCUCGCUUUUGCUGCUGUUUUUAUCUUGCCUCGAAUAUUGCCUCCAGAGCCAAAAUUUGACCUUAAGAAGCAAACACAGUGA